AUGCGCGGCCAAAUGCGCGAACGAUCCGAGAUGCAGGUCCUACGGUGUUGGACAAGGGUCUUGCAGGACGUAUUCAGCGCCAGUCGAGAGCUGUGCUCGGGCUCGCUCAGCUGGGGCAUGGAAGUUCUUCGACAAGGGUUGCGGAUUGCCCAAGGCGAAGCAUACGACGACAAGACGGGUUACGAAGACGAAGAAGCCGGUUGUGACGGUGACCAAGACCAAGAAGCCGACCAAACACCACACCACUGCAAAGAGACCUGUACCCACGAAAAAGUCUACGACGGUGGGGAAGCCUUCGACGACGAAGAAAUCCACGACGACGAAGAAAUCCACGACGACGAAGAAGUCUACGACGACAAAGAAGCCCGGGACGGCAGUCGAUCCCGCAACAGCGAAGAUAACAACGACUACUAA